UGAAAUAACUUCAGUCAACCAGAAUUUUAAAUAAUCCAUCAUUGAUUAGAAAGUUUGUCAAAUCAGUAAUUUUAAGAAAAUAUCAUAAAUGGAAAACGAGCAUGAGUCUUCGACAGAAAUUUCAACAGAUAGCUCAAGCAAUACCGACAGCAUUCAAAAUGUUGACAAUCAAUGCAUAGAAUUAUCCAAUGAGGAGCAAAGGAUAAAGAAUCAAGCGGACAUCGAUUUAACAUUGGAUCUAGGAAGCGUGUUGCCAAAUUAUGAUCGUGUUUCUGAAAAUGAGAACGAUGAUUCAUUAGAAAAACUCUCAGCUGUUCUUGAACAGCCAGAAGACUCGGUGAUUUUAGAGGGCGCGCAGUCAUUAGAAGAUGGUCAAGACGAUAAAGAUUUAAACUACAUUCUUCGGGAGCGAAUAGAGUCGCUCAGUGAAGUAAUGAGGAACUUAAAAGAAGAAUUAAGGAAGGAAAUAGAACUUUGGAAAAAAGAAAAAGGAGAAUUGCAAUUUUUACGUGAAAAGGAUGAUGCAUUGGCUUUGGAAGAAGCAACUGCAGCCGCACGUGCAGCUGCAGCAGCCUAUGCUGCCGAAUCGCCAUUAUCUAACAAUUUGGGGGAUGUUUUAGAUAUCUCCUCAGAGGAUGCGUUCAGAGAAUUGACAAUACUCGAAUAUGAGAAACGUUUGGCUAAAUAUCAAGACGAAUACUCAUUUAUUCAGGCGGAAAAGCGUUAUAAUGCCCGAUGGAAAAUGAUAGCAAACGCGUAUAAGCAGAAAUUGAUGGAAGUGGAACGACUCUGUAACGAGGAAUUAGAGAAAGUUCAAAAAAAUGUGAAUCAUUUGCAACCGCUGAAAGAAAUGGUAUCACAAUGGUAUCUCGACGAAGAAAACCAUGGUGACUCAAUCAGAAGAACCGAUUUUGCUGCAAAUGCCCAGAAACUCAAUACUUUUAAUGAGAAUAAUAUGCUCAAUCGUCACACAUUGCAAAAGAUAGACGCGGAAGUCAAUAUGGCGCCAGAAAUAUUCGUUGCUCGAUUCAAAUCCGACGAUCCAACAAAAAUAGAUAAACUUUAUGGAUAAAUCUCUCCCCAUACUUAUAAUAAUACUUUUCAUAACGUUUUCGGGAUACAUUUAAUAUACACAUAUUCGUAUUACUUCUCACAUAUUAGAAUCAGAAUUACAAUUUACAUAUAUCUUAAAUUUUAA